AUGAGUGUGGGACCAGGGAGUGAACAACGCUACCAGCCAUGCCAGGAUUUGCUCUCAGAGUUGAAGUUGGCUGUGCCCUGGGGCCACAUUGCUGUCAAAGUCUGGGGCUCCCAGAAGAACCCUCCAGUUCUCUGCUUGCAUGGCUGGCUGGACAAUGCCAAUUCCUUUGACAGGCUCAUUCCUCUUCUUCCACAAGACUUCUGUUACGUGGCCAUGGAUUUCAGAGGUCAUGGACUCUCAUCUCAUUACAACCCAGGUCUCCCGUACCGCCACCAAAAUUUUGUGAGUGAGAUCCUAAGGGUGGCAACAGCCUUUAAGUGGACUCAAUUCUCCCUCAUGGGUCACAGUUUUGGUGGCACUGUGGGCGGCGUGUUCGCCUGCAUGUUCCCCGAGAUGGUGGACAAACUGAUCUUACUGGACUCGGUGCUACUUCUCCUGGACUCUAAUGAAAUGGAGAACAUUCUGACCUACAGGCGGAGAAGCAUAGAGCACGUGCUGCAGAUGGAGGCCUCCCAGAAGUCCCUGAGAGUCUUCAGCCCAGAGGCGCUUCUGCAGUAGCUCCUGAAUAAAAACAGCCACUUGACUAAAGAUUGCGGAGGACUCCUGCUGCACAGAGGAACCAAGAAGGUGGCCGCAGGUCUUGUGGUGAACAGGGACAAGAGGCUCUCUCUGCCAGAGAACACCUUUGACUUCAUGAGCAAAGAUCUGUUUGUGCACUCUACAAGGAGGCUGCAGGCCAGCGUGUUGAUGAUCAGAGCACUGCAGGGGUACUUCGAUGUGAGGCAGAACAACAAUAAGAACAAGCAGCCCCUGCCCUUUGUGGAGGUGCUAAGAUCCACCCUAAAGGAGCGGUUCCAGUUUGUGGAAGUCCCAGGCAAUCACUACAUCCAUAUGAACAAGCCCCAGACUGUGGCUGCAGUUAUCAGCUCAUUCCUCCAGGGCCGACCGAGGACAACCUCUUCCAGGCUAUAGCUCUGCUCUGGGAUCC